AUGCUAACUCCUCCCAUUUUGGCUGCUUACGACGUUCUUUGGCUAUUGGAUAGUGAUAUGUUGUUUGGCGUGGAUCACUUUCCACUGUAUCGUUUCCUCAGCAUUGGAAUGGAGACAAAAGCGGCCAUCUUUCAACCGACUGUGCACGAUACAAUUCACCCUGAGUUGCGUCCGGUACAUACUGCCGAUCGUACAGUUGCUCAAGCGGUUUGUAUUCUGGAAAUUAUGACACCUUUUAUCCGCUCCGACAUGUGGAAGGAAAUUCACAGACAGGGACUCGUUUAUAUUGAUGAUAAAAUAUUGUAUAACUCUAGUUGGGGUAUCGAUAAUUGGUGGUGCGAUUUCGCUGCCACUCAACAAUUGCUGACUCUCACAUCGAACACUACUGUCGGUAGAAUACCGCCUGCUUGUUUGGUUAUAAAAGAUACCCAGAUUGUACAUUUGAAUUCACGCUCAAUGCCUCGAGAAGAGCACGCGGGUGUUGACUCUCGUUUAGCUACUGUGAAGCCAUGGGUGGAGUAUUCAAACAAAACUAAUGUGAGUGGUCAAUGCGGACGUCUGGAUGAUUUACUGGGGCAGCGGCAGCAAAGACUGUUUUAUUUCAAUGGGAAGGCAACGACUCGCAUAAAGCUCGGAUCAGCAAGCCGCGCCCAACACAAAAAAAUCAUUGUGAAAGAAGUACCGCGUGACUGGAAAAAGAAUGCUGCACAAAUCUAUAAUCGCAAUCGUCACCAAGAUUUGCAGACGGUUGAACGGCUCAAUGCAAAGUGGAAGGACAAGGUUUUAAUUGGCAAUGGGUCUACAUGGGAAUUUCUGCUGCUGUUGAAAAAGGUGAUAGAUCCCACCGAUAAUUCGUUGUUGCAGACGAAUCAGUGGUCUCAUGUUCUUCAAGUUUAUACAGCUAUGAAGGUGGACAAUAUCACCUCUCCUAAGGCAUUAUCUCUUGCACUCAUUCAUGACUUUGGGAAACUACUUGUCCUCUUCGGCGAAGAUGAUGCUAACGUCAUGUGCAGCACAAUCGUUCUCAAGCAAGGUGAAUUAGGUAGAGGACUUGAUAGCGCAAUAACUACAUGGAAUCACGAUGAAUUUGGAUUUCAAAAAUUACGCAGAUACCUGCCACCUGAUAUGGCAUGGGCUAUUCGUUAUCAUAGUCUUUCUCCGCUAUUAAAGGGUGAAUUGCAUCAGUUUCUCACGCCUGAAGAGCUCACCUGGUUUCCGCUCUUGCGAUUGCUGUGGAAGUAUGAUCAUAUGUCUAAACGCUCGAUGUAUACACCCUUGGUCGAUCUCCAAGAAGUGCGUACUAUUCUGAGCACAUUCUUACCGGAAAAAAUCUGUUUUUGA